CUAUUCACAGUUUUUCUUUGACUCUUUCUUGGCCUACUUAUUUGACAGUUUCUUUCUUCCUUUCACCAUCAUUCUCUUUCAGGGUAAUUUGGAAGAUGGAACAGAAGUUGCUGUCAAAAGACUCUCUAAAGCAUCUAAUCAAGGUUUGGAGGAGUUUAAGAAUGAAGUGAUCUUCAUAGCCAAACUGCAACAUAGGAACCUUGUGAGACUCUUGGGAUGCUGCAUUGAGGAAAAUGAAAAGCUGCUUGUGUACGAGUACAUGCCAAAUUCUAGCCUUGCCUCUCACCUGUUUAAUGAGGAAAAAAGAAAGCAACUAGAUUGGAAGUUAAGACUGAGCAUUAUCAAUGGAAUUGCAAAAGGACUUCUGUAUCUACAUGAAGACUCCAGACUUAGAAUAAUACACAGAGACCUAAAAGCCAGCAAUGUACUUCUGGAUCAAGAGAUGAAUCCAAAAAUAUCAGAUUUUGGAUUGGCAAGAACAUUUGAAAAAGGCCAGAGUCAAGAAAAUACACAGAGAGUUAUGGGCACCUAUGGAUACAUGGCUCCAGAAUAUGCUAUGGAAGGAUUGUAUUCAGUGAAAUCUGAUGUUUUCGCUUUUGGAGUUCUUCUACUAGAAAUCAUACGUGGGAAAAGGAACAGUGGAUUCCAUCUUUCAGAACAUGGUCAAAGCCUUCUUGUAUAUAGUUGGAGACUUUGGUGUGAAGGAAAAAGCUUGGAAAUGUUGGAUCCAAUGCUGGAAAAGAUACACAAAGCCAGUGAAGUUAUGAAAUGCAUACACAUUGGUUUAUUGUGUGUUCAAGAAGAUGCAGCUGAUAGACCAACCAUGUCCACAGUUGUUGUCAUGAUGGCAAGUGACGCAAUGGCCCUUCCCAAUCCUAAUCAUCCUGCAUUUUCAGUUGGAAGAAAGAUGAAAGAAGAAGAAUCAACAUCA